AUGAUGGAGGAGCAGCAGGAGGAGGGGACCGAUUUAAAGGCAACAGCAGCAGCAAGUGAAGGAGCAAUACCCAGAGCUGACGGUUUGGCUGCUGAAGCUGCCAUCCUCACCACGCCUGAGGCAGAAAAUCAAGAGACCAACCUUGUUGCUUCUCUUGAUGUGGGUGGCUCGUCGACAAGUGUGGCGGCAGAACAGAAGGUGUCUGAUGGCUAUUCUUGCAACAUCGGACAUGUGACCGUUUGGGCCGACAGCCAGGAGCCGAAUGUGGGUGAGGAAGCAACAGCUAUGGAUGAGCAAGGUGGUGAGAGGAUGUCACUGAGGCCAAGCACGGCAGAGGAUCAGAUCGAAUCCGCGGUGUUGAGCAGUUCAGGCGCAGUCAGCCAUGACACCGUGGACUUUUCAAGACCUCGUCAGUCUGCGCACGUGGUUGCCUCUGCCCGUGCGCUCAUGGCCGCCGAUGCGCGCUCUGCUGCACAAGCUGCAGUCGAGGCCGCUGCAUGGCAAGGCAAUCCAGCGUCUGGUGCUUAG